AUGGAGUCCGGCAGCGAGAGCGAUGUUCAGGCCUUUGCCGCAGCCCCAGAGACUGUGGAUCCUCUUAUCAGAGCGCACAUCCUUUCUCUCGUUUCGGCGCUCGGAGGAAUCACGCCUACAGGAUACGAUUUGGGAGACGACGCAUUGGCCUGUCUGAAGGAUCUACGGAGAUGGCUACGGCUCUACGACGAGAAGCUUAAUCGCUAUGAUGUCGCGCGAUGUAUGGCGGAGGCGAACUUGGUGAAUGGGGAUCUAGUCGAGAUUCUCGCCGACUGGAAAGAAGAAGACACCGAGAAUAAGACCAAACACAGAUUAGCACUCGCCUGCAUCGAGAUCCUCGUCCCGCUCACAUGGCCACUCGACAAGCCCCUCUCGGAGAUGACGCAGAAUCACCACCGUCACCAGCCCGUCCUCAUCCACGCGCAAGCCUCCUAUAAAUCCACAAUCCUGCGGCACCCGUCGCGCAAGAUCCUCUCUUCAGUUGCCCGUGUCGCCCUUCCGUCCGUCGCCAUCCCCGCCACAGAACGCACCGAGCGAGAUGAAGGCAUUAUCCGGCUAGUCCUCUACUUUUUCCGAAACAUUGCCAUGAUCGAGCACCCCAACCCCAACGAGUCAGACACCGGCGAGGAUAUCAAUCGCUGCGCUACUAUUGAGGCGUUCAACGACCAGAAUGUCAUGCACCUGCUGCUCGCGAUUGCGAGUAACAUGGGCGGCGAGUUUGUCACGCAGGAUGUGGUCGUUAUGGAGGCUGUGUAUCACCUGCUCAAGAGCGUGGAUAUCGAGCAGCUGUUCAGAACGGAAGAGGAGGAACGAAACAAGAAAGCGGGGAGUCUGACGGACUUGCUCAAGAGAGAGGAUGAGAUGAAGAGGGCCGCGGCGAGGAGUAGGAGCACAAGGCAUAACCGCUUUGGCACAACGGUUUGGAUGGAGAAAGAUGACGGGCGGCGCGCAUUCGUCUCUGGGCAGGGUGCACUACUGGGGAAAGACACAGCGCAGAAGAAAAUGGAUUCCAGCAAGAAGUGGAAGAAGCCCAAGGGCAGCGACGUCAAGGGCGUCGGCCGCAAGACAGAGUUUGACCUGGUCGUAACUCUCGAGGGCGCCUCAAAGCCGCAGAUGAGAACCUUUGUAGAGGACUUUCUCGACGCUGGUUUCAACCCGUUGUUUAGCCAUGUCCGCCGCGCUAUUGACCGCGAUGCGGAAAGACUUCUGAAUACUAACCAGCGCCAGUUCUUCUACUUGGUCGCUUGGUUCCUCAAAGCGGAGCGGGCACGCCGAAAGGCGGCCGCGAAGCUACAGCAGCAGCAGCCUACCGCGGAUGCGGCGGCGGUGGAUGCGGCGGCGGUGGAUGAUUCGUUCUCUCUUGUAGCCUCGGUGCUGAACCAGGAGAUGCUGAUCACGCUGAACCGGCGGAUGACAGAGUGGUAUGAGUCCAAAUCGUGGCUCGAGCUUCAGUCGGGGAUGCGAUGCUUCACGCAGAUCCUGCUCACCGUGCAAGACAUGACAGCAUCACCGCUAGAGGAAGACCAAGAGAUUGCGGAGAACAUCCAGAACCGGCUGUUCUACGAGGAGACCACGCUCGAUCUUAUCAUUGGCAUCCUGCGCUCCUACACGAAGCAGCCGUUCAGCUGGCUGGACGACUGCACAGAGAUGGUGCACGUGCAUCUCAAGAUGCUUGAGCGCUACUCGAAGCAGCACGAGCACCUCUUCGUCCGCUCCAAGCGGCAGCAGAAGGCGAAAAAGAAGCGGCAACAGGACGGAAUCGACAUGCCCGCCGACGACAACGAGGAGGACGAUGAGGAGCUCGCCAUGCAGUCGCGCAACACGAUGCGGGAGCGCGCAUUCGACUUUGCAAAGUUCGAGGGCAAGCUGCUGCAGCAGAGCUGCAUCAGCACGUUCCUGGCCUUCCUGGACAACUACAAGGAGCUGUCGUACGGGCAGGUGAAGCGGGCCAUCACGUUCUUCCACAGGAUCUUUGUGAAGCGGCAGGAGGAGGUGCUGCUGUUUAGGAUUGAUAUCGUGGAGCAGUUUUAUCGCAUCAUGCAGGAUCCUGAUGGGCUGCCGCAGGGACAUCCGGCGAGGAAGGAGAUGGACCAGUUUGUAAAGUACUACUUGAGGAAGCUGAUCAAGAAGCUGGAGAGCAGACCGGAGAUGUAUGUGGAGUUGCUGUUCACAAAGGUGAAUAGCACGAUGCAUUACUUGACGCAUGGCUAUGAUAAGGAGAUUAGGGUCAGGGUACCUAGGCCGGCGGCGGAGUUGCAUAUUCCAGGGCUGCCGAGGAAUGAGCAGAUCGGUGUCGCCGUUGGCGCGCUGGUUAACGAUAAUAAGGGCGAUGCGGUGGACUGGCUUAAGGAUAUCCUCAACAAGGCCAUCAGCGAGCGCAAGUCCUGGGAGGCAGAAGACGCGGCCCGCAGGAUUCUUGAAGCAGAGGCAGCCGCAGAUGCUGGCGCAGAGGUGAUUGAGAGCGAAGCACCCAAGCCGCCAUACAUCACUAUCAACCCCGAUACCGAAGAGCGCAAGACCGCACUAUUCAAAGAUGCAAAACUCCGUCUUCUCAUGACCAUCCUUGAGCUCGAACGACUGGGCGUUGACGACGAGAGCCCAGAAACACCAUGGAUCAUACCCUCCUCCCUCACCUCCGAAAACCUCAAGGAGUCCUUCGACCUCCUCAAGAAGUACACCAACGACCCCAUUGUCCUCGACGACGGAAUCGCCGCCGAGGACCUCAUCAAGCGCAAAGCCCGCCCUCGCCUCCCCGCCCCCGACUCCGAGCCCGACGAAAACGAAAACGAAGAGGAAAACGAAUUCGUCCCCGGCGGCCCCACGGAGAUGAACCCACUAGAGCCACGAAAGAAGCCCUCCAAGCCGCGACGCAGACGCCGCGACCCCGUUGAGGACGAGUCAAUAAUGGACCUUGACGCGCUCGCGGCCGCGGAAGAGCGGCUUGCGGCGCGGCUGCAGAGGGAGAAGGAGAAGCGGGUGGCCAUCAAGAGCACGCUGUACGUGCACGAUUCGGACGACGAGCUGGAUCCCGAGCAGGAGAUGGCGUUUUUGAUGCGUGAGAAGGCGCAGCGGGAGGGCGGGCCGGCGGGGAUGGAGACGGGUGGUGGGGCGUCGGCGGCCUUGUUCUCGAGGCUUGUAGCGCCGACGGGGACAAGGAAGAGGAAGAAGGGGUCGGGCGGGAGCCCGGAGAAGAGGAAGAAGAAGAGGGUUGUUGAGGAGAGUGAUGCCACCGAAGAGCCCGAUGAUGAGGAUGACGAGGACCAGGGUGUUAUCUCAAGAGAUGCGACGCCUGUGGUGCCCGGGGAUGAGACAGGGUCGGAGGAGGAGGAGGAGAACGGCGAUUCGGAUGAUGGGACGGCUUCGCCGAAGGGACGUGGUGAUGUGGACAUGGCUGAUGCUGGUGAUGAAGACGAUGACGAUGAAGAGGAAGCACCGCGGCCCAGUGCUAGCAGGGCUAGAAGGGGUCCGGUGAUCGUUGAUAGCGACUCGGAGUAG